GCAUAAUGGCAGUGGGCGAGCAAAGUGGAAGCGGGAAUAAGAGUCUUGACAGCUAGACUUUAAAGUCUUGUUUGUUCUGUAAAUGAAGAGCAUCGUAGCAAAAAUGCUGAAAUACUUGUUAGUUUUUCCACGAGGAGCUUAGAUGGUCAGUGCAUCAAACGGUGUGAGAGGUACCAGUGAGCAGCCGUGUCACCCGGGUGAUGGACACUGCAGAUUCUGGCUGUGCUCAGGUUUAUGGCCACCAACGACCUGAUGAUGGAACUGCAGAAAGAUUCAAUAAAACUAGACGAAGACAGCGAGAAAAAAGUUGUGAAAAUGCUUUUGAAGUUGCUGGAGGACAAAAAUGGGGAAGUACAGAACCUCGCUGUCAAGUGUCUGGGCCCGCUGGUUGGCAAAGUGAAGGAGUACCAGGUGGAAACCAUCGUGGAUACGCUGUGUACAAACAUGUUAUCGGACAAGGAACAGCUGCGGGAUAUCUCCAGCAUUGGACUGAAAACAGUCAUCUCCGAGCUGCCCCCAGCUUCUACAGGCUCCACCAUGACAGCAAAUGUGUGCAAAAAGAUCACAGCCCAGCUGACAGGAGCCAUUGGCAAGCAGGAGGAUGUAUCUGUGCAGCUGGAGGCUCUUGACAUCCUGUCAGAUAUGCUGAGCAGACUGGGGGGAACACUCUACUCUUUCCAUUCCUCCAUCCUGAACUGCCUCCUACCCCAGCUGACAAGCCCCAGGCUGGCAGUACGUAAAAGGGCCAUCAUUGCCUUGGGUCAUCUUGUCUUGACCUGCAGCGGAAACAUCUUCUCGGAGCUCACAGAGCAUCUGCUUGCUGAGCUGAAGAAGAAUGAGUCUACUUCUACUACCAGGACGUACAUUCAAUGUGUUGCUGGCAUCAGUAGGCAGGCUGGACACCGCAUAGGAGAACAUCUGGAGAAGAUAAUUCCUCUCAUCGUUCAGUACUGUAAUGUGGAAGAUGAUGAGCUGAGAGAGUACUGCUUUCAGGCCUUCGAGUCUUUUGUGAGAAGGUGCCCAAAGGAAAUUGACCCUCACAUCCCCGGUGUGAUGGGGUUAUGUUUGAAGUACAUCACCUUUGACCCAAACUACAACUAUGAUAAUGAGGAGGAGGAAGAGGAAGAGAUGAUGGAAACCGAAAAUGGGGAGGAUGAAGAGCAAGAAAGCGAUGACGAGUACAGCGACGAUGACGACAUCAGCUGGAAAGUCCGCAGGUCUGCAGCGAAGUGCCUGGAGGCCAUUGUCAGCAGCAGGCAUGAUCUCCUGCAGGACUUCUACAAAACUCUUUCUCCGGUCCUGAUAAGCAGAUUCAAAGAGAGGGAGGAGAACGUCAAAGCUGACAUCUUCAGCGCUUACAUCUCCUUGCUGAAGCAAACGCUGCCCAUCCAGAGCUGGCUGCAUGCUUCAGAUGCCGCUGGCAAGGAUGACGUUCCCCUGACAAUGCUUCGGAACCAGGUUCCCAACAUCGUCAAGGCCUUGCACAAGCAGCUCAAAGAAAAGAGCAUCAAAUCAAGACAGGGUUGUUUCAGCCUCCUGACAGAACUGGCCAAUGUUCUUCCCGGUUGCCUGGCAGAUCACAUCCCUGCGCUCGUCCCUGGUUCACAAAGCAUCCCACUGCUGAAAGGCUCAGAAUACUACGGUCCUGCCUUUGCUUUUAGCGUGACUAUAGUAAACAUAAAGUCUCCUGUGAUUGUCCCUGGGCCAGAUCCACGCACCUCUUACAAACCAAUAGGUAUUGUUUUCUCCUUGGCCGAUAAAUCCAGCUCCUCCAACAUGAGGAUUGAUGCGCUGUCUUUCCUUCAUGUUCUUCUUUGCAACCAUCAGCCGGAGGUAUUUCAUCCUCAUAUCAAAAGCCUGCUGCCUCCUGUGGUGACCUGUAUUGGAGACCCUUUUUAUAAGAUCACUUCAGAAGCUCUGCUGGUUACUCAGCAACUUGUGAAAGUCAUCAGGCCUUUGGACAAAUCUUGCACUUUUGACGCCAAGCCCUAUGUGAAGGACCUUUUCCUUGGUACUCUGAAGCGACUGAAGGCAGCUGACAUCGACCAGGAAGUGAAAGAGCGUGCUAUCUCCUGCAUGGGACAAAUUAUUUACAAUCUGGGAGACCACUUAAGCACUGAUCUCCAGCCAACCUUGAAGAUAUUUCUGGAGAGGCUCAAAAAUGAAAUCACCAGAUUGACAACAGUCAAAGCCUUAACCUCAAUUGCUAGUUCUCCACUUAAAAUAGAUUUGAGACCCAUUCUAGGGGAAGGUUUCCCCAUUCUAGCUUCCUUCUUGAGAAAGAAUCAACGUGCCUUGAAACUGAGCACUCUGACUGCUCUGGACAUCCUGGUGAAGAACUACAGUGACAGCCUCAAGCCCGCCAUGAUAGAGUCUGUUCUAACGGAGCUCCCUGCCUUAAUUACCGAGAAUGACAUGCAUGUUUCCCAGGUGGCUAUCAUGUUCCUUACCACUUUGGCUAAGGUUUAUCCAUCGUGCAUCUCUAAGAUCAGCGGUUCAGUUCUUGCGGAAAUCUUUCAGCUUGUCCACUCGCCUUUGCUUCAGGGAGGGGCGCUGAACGCCAUCAUAGACUUCUUCCAGGCUCUGGUUCUGACGAAGACGGCCACCAUGGGUUACUCGGAGCUGAUGAAGCAGCUGACUGCACCUAUCUACUCCUCGGGCUCAGCCGGGGCAUCAGUGACAUUACACAAACAGGCGUAUUGCUCUGCCGCAAAGUGCGUGGCAGCCCUUUCCUCAGCCUGCCCGAAGGAAGCCCCUACAACAGUGAACCAGUUUAUCCAGGAGGUGAAAAACCCCAAGUCCAGCUCUGCUGUUAAAGUGCUAGCUUUCCUUUCACUGGCAGAGAUGGGGCGCACCACGAACCUCAGUGCUCAGAGGGAGCUCAAAACCGUCAUCCUGGAAGCAUUCUCUUCCCCCAGCGAGGAGGUGAAAUCCGCUGCUUCCUACGCACUGGGGAACAUCAGUGUUGGGAAUCUGAAAGAGUAUCUUCCCUUCAUGCUGAAAGAGAUCGGAAGCCAGCCCAAGAGACAGUACCUCCUGCUGCACUCUCUAAAGGAAGUCAUCAGCUCCUCCCCAGCAGAUGGCCUCAAACCUUACGUGGAGGAUAUUUGGGCUCUGCUUUUCAAGCACUGUGAGUGCACAGAGGAAGGGACGCGUAAUGUGGUGGCCGAGUGCUUGGGGAAGCUGACGUUGGUGAAUCCUUCCGAGCUGCUGCCCCUCUUGAAAAAACAGCUGUCAUCAGGCUCUCCACAUGCCCGGAGCACGGUGGUAACUGCGGUCAAAUUCACAAUUGCAGACCAGCCUCAGCCUAUUGAUGCUCUUCUGAAAGGCUGCAUAGGUGACUUCUUAAAAACGCUUCAGGAUCCAGACCUGAACGUUCGACGUGUGGCUUUAGCCAUGUUUAAUUCUGCUGCUCACAACAAACCUUCUUUAAUCCGAGAUUUACUAAACACAGUUCUCCCCGGCCUGUAUAACGAAACGAAGGUCAGAAGGGAACUCAUCCGGGAGGUAGAAAUGGGGCCAUUCAAGCACACGGUGGAUGAUGGCCUUGACGUGAGGAAAGCUGCUUUUGAAUGCAUGUAUACACUGCUGGAAAGCUGCCUUGACCGACUGGAUAUCUACGAGUACCUGAACCACGUGGAGGAUGGACUGAAGGAUCACUACGACAUUCGGAUGCUGACUUUCAUAAUGCUGGCUCGGCUCUCCACACUCUGUCCCAAUGCCGUGCUGCAGCGGCUUGAGCGACUCAUUGAGCCACUCCGGGCGACUUGCUCCACGAAGGUAAAAGCUGGCUCCGUGAAACAGGAGUUUGAGAAGCAGGAUGAACUGAAGCGAUCUGCCAUGAGAGCCGUAGCUGCUCUCCUGACCAUCCCCGAAGUAGAGAAAAGUCCGGCGAUGGCAGAGUUUUCAUCUCAGAUCAGAUCCAAUCCUGAAAUGGCGUCACUUUUUGAGAGCAUUCAGAAAGAUUCUGCUUCCCUACCCACCACAGAGGCGAUGGACAUGAGCUAAGAGCUGCCCUUUACUCUGCCACCUUCCUGUCCUCGUGAUGCAUGAGCCGAUCGGAGACGCCACGGACGGGCUGAGGCAGAACGUCAUCGCGCUGGUCUCUGCUGCGACAGCCGCUUGCAAGUCCCUGGAUGCCAACAGCAGAAACUGGAUGGUUCCAGCUGCGCUUGAUCAGACACCUCGCUGAAUCGUAACAAGAUACAGGGGAUAAGGGAAAUGCAUCCUUGCACAGGGGAGGGGUUGGAAGGUGAGUAUAGUAUUCUGAUUUUUUUUUUUCCCAGCAAGUUUUUAAGGGGCAUACAAAGCAAUCUAAAUUGACCGUGGUUCCAUGAAAAAUGGAAAUACUUCCUGAAAUAUUUCCUUACUGCAGUACAAACAAAAAUAGUUUAAAAUAUUUUUUUUAAUCGCUGCACAUGCACUUUCUACCCCAAAUUGCCUGAAGAAUGUAUUUAUAUGGUUUCACUAAAUAACAUCGCUGAAAACUAGAAGUCACAGCUUUUGGUAGUGACAAGCAUUGUAACCGUAGGCCCUGUUGCAAAAAGAACAUGUAUCAGCCAGGCUGCAGGCACUGCCUUUGGCAGUUCGUUACCUGAAGCCCAGGCCUUCUGCCGCCAGCUCGAGUCACAGAACCGGCACUGACAGUUGUGUUUCUGUGGUGGUUGAGCGACAGGAAGCUAACUUGCUUGACUUACAGUUUUGACUGCCAAAUACCUCAACCAGCCAUCUUCCAAGAGGGAUGGCUACUGGAUUGCGUCGCAGUAACAAAUCUUACACUGAGCUUUUCUCUGCUGUCGGCGCUGGCCUCGCCUUCACCUGCGCUGAGCUCUGGUCACCGAACAGCAGCCAGCACUUGGGGGAAAGCUGGCGUUCAGGAUUUAGUGCUGCAGCAGUAGGUGCAAGCACACAAGCAGCCUGCACUAACCCUGCUGUCAUUUGAACAUGCACUCUGUAGCAGCUGCAGCGUUCAAAUCCUGCUUUGUGUAGGGGGAAAAAAGCCUUAAGCAACAGAGGCUGUAACAGCAAAUGAGAGGAGCCCACCAUGCCACACUCCUUGUAGCCAUGGAGCUGUAACAAGCUUUCAUUUGUCCUUUUUUGACAGAGUGGUUGAUGUGAAAAAUAUUUAUAGUGCUGUGUGAAAGAACAUCCACGCUGUUUGAGUGGUGUAAAAAUAAAAAUAUACGUGUGAAGCCA